AUGAGUUUUGCUGCACACGAGGAGCAUGCAUCAAGUCAUGACUUCUUUAGCAACAGUGAUAACAUCAACAGUAACAACAGCAACAACAACAACAACAACGACAAUAAUAAUGACUUAUACAACAUACUAAGCAGUCACAAUUCACAUACUAAGCUUUUAGACGAAAACCACGAUAUACUAGAUGAGUUCUUGGACCAAAGAGUUUACGAUUCAAUGGGAACAACCACUCCCAACCACUCCAACAACAACGACAAUUUGAAAUGCAAACAAGACCAAACCCAACAACAGCAGCUCACUGGAGAUACGUUGAUGAACUCGCUUUACGCUUUGACUAAUGAACAAGAUUCUAAUGCCUUUAGAAUUGAAGACAAAUAUUUGGCAAACAAACUAGAUGAUGACAGUUUUGCCCACUUUUCAGGCUUACAAAAUAGAAAUAUCUACAGCAACGACAGUAAAAAUAAUGACCUUCGCAACAAUAUAAAUCUCGAUGGUAUUUCCCCCCAGGAUAACGAGUGUUUAUAUUUGGAUUUGCCACAUGACUCAAGUUCUUCGCAGGACCCGCUUUCGUCAAAAGUGAACGGUUUACACCAAAACUCGAUCACAAACUCAAUGUACCAAACUCCCAAUGGUAUGGCAUCUCCCAUGGAUGAGAGAAUGAUGUCGAUUUCUUCCAAUGGAGUUGCUAUACAAUCAAAUCCAACUUCAUUGUCUGAGUACGAAUUUGUUAGAGAGGAAUUGAGCAAGUUGAAAUUUGGCUGUCAUCGUAUAAAUGCAGUGCCAAGGACUGUCGACAUACUGGAUCCUUCGUAUUUGGAUUUCUCUCCAGAAGCUAUGAAGAAAUUGCCACACAAAAUGACAUUAUCAGCAUUGCCUAGUCAUUCUCGAGUUGAAACACAAAUUAGAUGUGAUAUUGCUUUGAGUCCAGCACCCAAUCAAGCUUUGCUAUACGUGCCACAAGAUCUUAUAUCCAAAAAUAAAUUUUGUUUGGCAGAUCCUGUUGAAAAUUUGCACCCUAGAUUGAAAGACAAUUUGUUGUAUUUGGAUGCUUAUGUGCUCACUUCUGACUUGCUGAAAUCGUGUAACAUAUGUACAAGGUGUAUCAAGAGGGAACAAAAAAGAGCAUCGCGAGGGAAGGCCGCUGGUGAAAUGGAUGAGUUCAAUGCUACUGCUCCCGCACCCGCACCCGCCUCUACUCCCACCCCAUCCUCAACCUCCAAGAUCCCACCAGCAAUUAAAAACAACUCUACAAGUUGGUCUGAUGAAAACAUGAUGAAAAAGGCCAUCAUCUUCAACUGUAAAGAGAUUGUUUCAUUUCCGUCGCCGUCAGGGCUAAACAACAACAACAACAACAACAACAACAACAACUCAAAGUCAGUUGAGUUGUCGGCUAGAAUUAUUUGCUAUUGCAGACAUCAUAAGGAACAAACUGGGUUUAGAGUCUUGAUGUUGAUAAAAAACAACAAGGGCGAAGUUGUGGCGAAACAGUUGUCUUCGCCAAUUAUGAUCAUGGAUAGAAAGAAAAAUAUCCCCUUGACUAAGGACUCGAUGCCAAACUCAGUUGCUGGCUCAUCACUCAAUCUUCAAGGGUUGGGAGAUACCCUGCUGAUUUCCAGCAAAAAGAAAAGAAUACCUUCAAACUCAGACUCGGAAAAUGAACACAAAUAUUCAAAUAAUGAGUAUACUCAGCACUCGUCUCCAAAUUCUGUGGAUGAAUCAGCAUCUGAGGUACAUACAAACACUGAUGCCGAGUCCAGUCGAGGUUUGAAACGCAAGAAGUUGUCUGUUGAUGACUCAUACAACACCUCAGGAAAUCCCAUGUUCAAUGGAAGUAUUAGUGGCUACUCGCCACUAAGCAAUAGCGACACCAACACCAACACCUCAACUAAUAUCCAUUUCAUGAAACAACCACUGUUUGCUGCAUUGUCUCCGAUGGGUGCUCCUAGUACUACUCAUCCGCCACCAAAUCCACAAUUCCAACAAAUGCAAACCCCUCAACCCUCUCAACAAACAAUGCAACGUUUACCAUCAAUACAAAGAAUCAUUCCUGCUCAGGGCCCUGUUCGUGGAGGAAUUGAAAUAACGUUAUUGGGAUUCAACUUUAGACCAGGCUUGGCGGUGAAGUUUGGCCCUAAUCAAGCAUUGGCUACACAUUGUUGGUCUGAAACUACAAUUGUGACUUACUUGCCGCCAGCGCUGCAGCCGGGUCAGGUUUUGGUUAGUUUUGAGAAUGAAGACUCGGCAAUAAUCGGCGGUCCUCCACAACAUCAAAUCUUCACAUACACUGACGAUACCGAUCGGCAAUUGAUUGAGUUAGCCUUGCAAAUAGUUGGGUUGAAAAUGAAUGGUAAGUUGGAAGAUGCAAAGAAUAUUGCCAAGAGGAUUGUUGGUAGUGACAGCAGCACCAGUGGCAACAACAACAAUGGCACUGCUCCAACUUCAAUGACCACUUCACCUACAAACAUGUCUCACAGCCCUGAUUGUGGUGGUGGUGGUGGCGUUGAUGACUGGUUUCACAGUGCCCAUGCUUCUUUGAAGAAGUUGACAUCCUCUGGCUUAUCUACACAAGUGGUUUUGGUGCGUCUCUUAUCUUUGGUGGAUUUGCCCAAUUGUCCAAUAAUUAUCCCAAAUUGGCAACUUGCCAAUUCACAAGGCCAAACGUUGCUACAUUUGGCCACUAUGAAGAAUUACCGUAAAUUGAUCAAGUUUUUAGUGACUCAUGGUUGCAAAAUUGACGUUAAAGAUAAUCAAGGUUUGACGCCAUUGUUUUUGGCUUCAAUGUGUGGACAUCGGAAAUUGAUUCAAUUGUUUAUCGAGUGCAAGUCCAAUUGGAAUUUGAAAUUGCUGAAUGAUAAGUAUUUGCGAGAUUAUUGUGAUUUGAAUGUCAUUGACAUGUUCAAUGCAUGUGAGCAGCAGCAGCAGCAGCAGCAACAACAACAACAACAACAACAACAACUGCAGCUAGAGCAGUUUCCACCAGAGAGAGAAGUUAGUGUUUCUAGUAAUAUCAAAAAGAGAACUUCCUUUGAUUCGUUGGAUUCAAUGUUUAAUGAUGAUUAUGGACGCCAUAUUUCAAAGAUGUCUCAAGACGAAGAGAAGAAGGGUAGAGAUAUUCCAGAUCAGCAGGAUAGUGGAGUUUCUACUUGGGACGAUAACAAGAACUACUCUUCAGAAUUUGCCGAUUCUGAAUUCGAAUCUGAAGAUGAUUAUGAUGAGGAGGAAGCUGAUUAUUGUGAUGAUGAAUACAGCGAUAGUGAUGACAUGGAAGUGAGUCUUGAUGAAGAGACUGAAGUUGACUCUCCAAACAAAGACAUUGGUGUAGAUUCAGAUGCAACUGUUGAUACCACUACCACUACAGAGUCAGCAAAGCCCCCUUCUUCUCCAGGCUUGUGGCAAAAGGUCAAGAAUGUAUUUAACAAAGACGAUGAUAGCGACUUACCGCAAUACGACGAUUUGUUCCCAUUUGGACCCUCCUCCACUUUUACCGCCAAGCCAAAGAGUGCACUCGAGCAGUCGAUGAAUUCAGAAACCAAAGAAGUCUCAACAACUGAGGUGGUAGGAUCAAGUUCCAAUUCAAAAGCUGAUCUCGAACCAACUGCUUCCAAGAUUACUGAUACCGAUAUUGAUGCUGGAUUGGCGUCGGACUCUUCUGAGGACAUGGUGGUUACAUACAUUAACCACCCAAGAAAGCCAGUUGAGCAUGACAAGAUGUUGGUGUUUUUUUGGAUUCCCGCAUUGGUUGUGAUUUUUGCACUCUUCUUUAUGGUUUAUGUUGUUGGCUACAAUUUCGAACAACUUGACUAUGUCAAGGAAUGGGUGCGAAACACGGUUGGUAAUUUUAUGGUUGGCAAUGAACGUAUUGCCAAGGUUUUCAAGAGUGCAGGUACUACUGCGAUACGGGAAGUAAUUGUGUGA